UGAUGAAGACGCUCUUGUUUUGUGCCGUGUUUGCAGAUGCAGUGCAGCUGUGGCUCUUCAGUGGGACAUCUCUCAUCGCCUUACUGGAGCAGAACGGUGCUCUUCCCCGACUGGGCCUACAAACCGGCCUGGUCGCCGGGCUCCCGCCAGGUCCAGCUGUGGCACUUCCUGUUGGAGCUGCUGGGACGCGGCGAGGGCGGGGCCAUCAGCUGGGGAGGGGAGUGGGGCGAGUUCGUCAUCCGGGACCCCGAGAGGCUGGCCAGGCUGUGGGGGGAGCGGAAGGGCAAACCGCACAUGAACUACGACAAGCUCAGCCGGGCGCUCAGAUACUACUACAACAAACGCAUCCUGCACAAGACCAAAGGGAAAAGGUUCACCUACAAGUUCAACUUCAGCAAACUCAUCCUGGUCAACUAUCCAGGACACCACCCACCACCACCACCACCACCACCACCCAGCCAUCAGCUGGUCCAGAGAGGCCCUCUUCCCUUUCCCGCCCUCCCCGCCGAGAGCGGCGCUGCUCUGUGUGGAGGAGUGGGGUCGGUGAUGGACGGAGCGGUCCAGCCUGUCCCUUACCCCUUCCUCCUCCCGUGCUGCUCACCUAAGCCCCUCCCGGCCGCCUGUUCCUUCCACGGCCACCCCCGCUUCAUCUCCACCCCUGCACCACGUCCGGGGGUCAGCCUGAGGGAGCUGAGGGAGUCAGGCCUCCACCCUCUGGCCUCGGUCCUCCACAUCAGCGCUAACGGCUGGCCGCACAAGAGCCCAACAGGGUGGGAUCGGAGCCAAAUCAGUCGUAGCCUGUUUGGCGAAGUAAAGCAGGCUGAAAUUCAAGGAGAAGAGAGGAGAGGGGGGGCUGAUGCUGUGGUGGGGGAGAGAGAAUGAGGAAGGGGAACAAACCAUAACAGAUGGAUGUUUUCUUUGAGCUCACUGUACAGUACUUUAUUAUUCACUGCCUGUGAUACAGAGACUUUGUAUUUAUUGAGUUGGACCAUGAUUUUUUUUGAUAGAAAUUUUGAGGAAACUGCUUUUCUUUUGUCAGCACUUCACACCACAGUCGGGGAAUUGCACUUGUAAACAAUUAACAACAUGGCACUCGUGUUUGAGUAAAUAAAGCAGAGCACUCAACUUACAUUAUUCAGCUGUUUGUCUUGCAUUCCUUGCCAUCCAUCUUCAGGAUUUGU